AUCACUGUGUACGACUUUACCCCUGGUGUCCGGGCACGAAAUUCAGGUCAAACAACCAAUAUAUAGAACAUCAUCUGACCGUUCAGGUUCACUACGGCCCGUCCUGCAAAACGAAUACUUUCGAUCGAGGCCCCUAAUUUCCUUUGCUUUUGAGCGCAUAUAAAGCUUGGUCGGUGUCGAGGACUUGUUUUGACCCGCCUUUUCCUCAAGGUUCACGACCUCGAACCGUUGACCAGACUAGGCACGAUCAUGAAUCGCGUCGGUGUCACUUUAUGCGGCAGCCUCUGGUUGUUGAACUUGGUUGUGGGAGUGUCUGGGGAGGAUUAUACACAGUAUGUGAACUUGUUCGUUGGGACUCAGGGCGCUAUACCUGGAAGUAGCCUUGGUGGAGGCAACAUGUUCCCCGGUGUGGCCCUCCCCUUCGGUCAAGUCAAGCUUGGUAUCGAUACUUCCGUGGUCAACCUCGACCAAGGCGGGAUCUCGAGUGCGAAUAGCGGGUACACGCCCCUCGGGAACUCGACCGGCUUUUCCAUGCUUCAUACCAGCGGAACUGGCGGACAGCCAAAAUACGGUGUCGUAUCACAGAUGCCCUUGCUGGGCGACCUGGAUGCACAAGGGAUCAAUGUUGCCGAUAACAUGACCUAUCUUACGAAUCGAACUUCCGAGUCCGCAGAAGUGGGCUACUUCCGCACGACUUUUGAAACUACGAACAUCACGACCGAGUUGACCGCGUCAGAGCACGCAGGCAUCCUCCACUACACAUUUCCCACUCAAACCGGCUCCAACGCGACAAACUCCUCACAAGCCCAUGUCCUCGUUGAUCUCGCUCAUGCUCUCCCUUCGGGUGGGAGUGGAUAUAUCGCUCAGAGGUAUAUCAAGGGUUCGCUUUCGCUGUCUCCUGAUGGAUCCGGGUACUCUGGGAGUGCGUGGUACGACGGUGGAUGGAAUCAAGGCGAAGCGUGGCAAAUCUACUUCUGCGCCAAUUUCUCCACUCCAGCAACGACCUUCCAAACCUUCUUCACGACGUACUAUCAACUUCUGACGCCUGGCGCACCCACACUCAAUCCGUACCUCGACCUCUUCGCUGGCGACAACUUGGCGUUGGGCGCUCUUUUCAGUUGGGAAUAUCCGCAGAAUGAGACGUUGGAGGUGCAGUCUAGGGUUGGUGUCAGUUUUAUCAGCGCUCAGAAGGCAUGCCAGUUUGUCAGAGAUGAGAUGUCGUGGGAGCAGAGCUUCAACGACACUGUCGCCGCCGUAAAAGAAGCUUGGAACAAGGAGAUCCUCUCGUCCAUCACCGUCCCAGAGGAGAACGGAGAAAAGAAUGAUACUUUGCUCGGAUUGCUGUACACGCACCUUUAUGGGACCGCUCUUAUGCCGACAGAUCGUACGGGCGAGAACCCAGGUUGGAUAUCUAAGGAGCCGUAUUACGAUGACUGGUACACCAUGUGGGAUAUAUUCCGUUGCACGACGCCCUUCUAUCAUCUCGUCUAUACGAAUCGCUAUGUGGACAUGCUCAGAUCGAUCAUCGAUAUUUGGCGACACGAUGGAUUCAUGCCGGAUGGUCGGAGUUCGAACUAUAACGGCCGAACCCAGGGAGGUUCUGACGCAGAUAACGUCCUAGCUGAUGCGUACAUCAAAGGUUUGGACAAAGUGAAGACCAUUGAAUGGGAGGAUGCAUACAAUGCAAUCGUCACGGAUGCAGAAGUCGUUCCCGUCAGAAAUGUUGAUUUCAACGCGUUCGAUGGUGGGACAAAGGAAGGAAGAAAUGCCCUUCCCGAGUGGAAGACCUUGGGUUACAUUACUCCGACGUAUUCUCGGUCUGUGUCCAAAGGGGUCGACUACGCUCAGAACGACUAUGCGGCAUACGUGGUAGCUCAUGGACUUGGUCACAAAAAGGAUGCAGAGAAAUAUCUCGAGAGAUCUGGGUACUGGACGCAUUUCUGGGACUCCAACUCAACCGUCGACCUCGGUGAUGCCGGCUUCGGCUCCUACACCGGAUUCUUCGGUUCUCGUCUCGCGGACGGGACCUUCAACAGCAGCGUGAACGUGACCAACUGUGGCGGCUGCACCUGGGGCGACUAUACCUACGAGGCCCUCAUCUGGGAGUACUCCUUCAACGUCCCACACGACACCGCUGCCCUCAUCGACAAAAUGGGCGGUGCGGACGCAUUCGUGAGGCGACUUGAUGCGUCGUUCGUGGAAGGUUUUUCUGCGGGAUCAGGGGCUGCGAAUACGGCUGGAACGGCGUUGUUUAACCCGGGGAAUGAGCCUUCGUUCAUGACGCCGUUCUUGUAUAACUAUGUACAAGGAAAGCAGUAUAAGACGGUUGAGAAAACAAGAUAUCUUGUGAACAAGUAUUAUGCGCUUGAUGCCGAUGGUAUCCCUGGAAAUCAAGAUGCUGGAGCUAUGGCGACCUGGCUCCUUUGGAACCUGAUCGGGUUAUAUCCCGUCACCUCUCAACCCAUAUACCUCGUCUCCGCUCCUUUCUUCAAAGCCCUGGACGUUCGCCUCGGUACCACCGACCCAUACAGCCCAGCCUACCGAAGCUCAACCUACCUCAAAAUACGAGCACCCAACCUCACACAGGAGAAUAUUUACGUCCAGGGCCUCAAGGUCAAUGGGAAGAAGGUCAAAAGAUCGUAUCUGUGGCACGACGAGAUUGGGUAUGGUGCGACUGUGGAGUUCGAGAUGGGAUCGUCGCCGGUGGCUUGGGACUCAGAUGGAGUAGCCCCUUCCGUCUCAACGGGAGGAUAUUAAGAUGUUAGAGUGCAGUUGGGAACUGUUGGCACGGCACAGAAAUUUAUAGUACAGCUUCUCGCAACUUCUUAUUCUUCGUUUUGCCUCCUAAUCGUCGCUAUCGCGCUCUGUACGACUCAUUUAUGUUUGAAUAACUAUGGGAGGAGAGUUAUGGUCUC